ACAAGAAAAAAGAUAUUUGAUAAAUCAUUUACCGGCAUUUUUUACAAAAAGAAUUUAAUUUAAUUUAAGUGAAAUAAACUUGCGGUCAAUAAAGUGUUGCGAGCUAGUGUUAAGGCCAAAUGAAGUAAAAAGCCAGAGCACAUAUUGAUGUUUUUUUUUUUUUUUUUCUGUAAUUCCAAUAUAAAAAAGAUACUCUUUGUUUAACUUGUACCAACUUCAAGCGAACACCGGCACACAAACCCUUAGAUAAUCUCGGGAAUUUGUUUGUUUUUGUGUGCACAUUGCCGGCAUUGCAGUUGCUGUCGACUCUGUAACAGAAAAAAAAAAAAAAAACAAAAAAAAGGAAAAAGAAGAUUCGAGCGGCAGAACUAUACUUUAAUGUGUUAACUUAUGUGGAAAAUUGUGCAGAACAAUUCAAAUAAGUAUUGCGGUGUUCUUGGAGUUUACGUUCAAUUUGUUUUCAUUUACAAUUUCCAUGUACUUGAGCUGCUAAAAUUGUAACUGUAGAAGUUUUUGACCUUUCUGUGCUUUUUAGAUUAAUUUAAUUAAUUUAUAGGUUAUAUUUACGUUCUGGGAGUUUUUCAUAUGAAACCAGGCGCCAUCAGUAAACAAUAUUUCCGCUGAUUUUUGUUUGCUUGUUUUUCGAAUAGAAGUUCGUUUAAAUUGGGGCUGAAAUGAUGCAUUCCCUAGAUGAACUGUUACCACCGCUGCGCAACCAACGAUUUUCAAUUAAAGGCCGCCAUUAUCAUCCCUACAGUCAUAGCAGCUAUCUAACAUCCCUGUUGGCUGUAGCGUUUAGCAUAGCCUUGCUUAGCAACGGCUGCGAGGCUGCCGUCCAUCAAGUUUUCACUUACAGUAAUACCUCAACAAUAUUGGGUCAAUUGGUGACCUCCAGCACUUUAGUAUGGGAAACAUAUGAUCUCAAAGACCCCAAACAAUUGCAAUAUGCCGUUGAAGGUGGCAAAUAUAUAACUGAAGAUGAACAUUAUCCGAUCUAUGUGUGCCGUGUUGCAAUAGACGGAGUUCCAACCAGUGGCCACACCGAGAAAAUCGCCCAAUCACAUGUUUGCGUAGCAGCUCAUUACAAGAAUACAAAAUACAAGAAUUUCGACGUUCUUGUAAAUAAGGGACAUUUGGGUAAAAUUUCUUGGCGCUAUUGGCGUAAAUUUAAUGCCGGUGUCCCGGUGGGUGCCAUACGUAUUGGGAAUUUGGAAGAUGCAUACAUAGCUCGUCACAAAGUUGUUCAUCAGGUAAAUGAACAAAAUGGUGAACAUUGGGGUGCCGAUUAUCAUUUAGGACGUUUGGAUCCCGUGGGCUUGGGUAAGAUUAAAGUGAUGGCAAACGAACGUGAAAAAGAUUUCGAUGAAGGGGAAGUAUUGGUCGAAACCGAACCGUAUCGUUACGAAUUGAAAGAUAUACGCUUGGAUCACAUACGUUUGGAUUUGAAAGAAAAUUUAACAGAGUUGGCUUCUGGUAUUUUGGAGAAUCGUGGCGACAAGUACAGUCUGGUAGAAUCGGUAUUAACUUAUAGUUUUGAUCAUGUCCAAUACUGGGGCUCCCAUGAGGGCGUCGCUCGUGGUUUGCCUACGAGAGUGUAUGAGAAAGACUCAACUGUACCGGCCGAGAUCAAUUGGGCCUUAAGACAUAGCGAGAAACGUUCGGAAACCAAAUCGGUGCAUACCAAACUAUGGCCGGGUACAGCUCUUAACGUUACUCUAAAGGGCAAUUAUGUAACUUUAGAAGCUCCUUACACAGCGAAAUUAUUUGCAUUUUAUUAUGGCAGUGAUGAUAGCGUGUCAAGGAAAAUAACAUCAGAGGUACGUAAGUCUUAUCUUAAAGAAGUUAAACUGGAGUUUAGUCCUGUGUAUUGGUUGGAGAAUGGUACCGUCAUACCCACUACUACGACCUCUACCACUUCCACGACUACGCAUGCCACCACCACAAGUACCGAUCAGCCAUUGCCUUUACAUGAACCACCUGUAGUGCAAAUGAAAAACAUGGGUCCCGUGCACUCAGGUCCCGAUUCGUUGGAAAAAUCGAUGCUUGACUCACCGGCCAGUAAUGAAAUACCACAAAAUAAGCCUGAAAACUUGGCGGAAAAACAUCAAAAGCCAGCCUUAGCUGGCAUAGGUAUAAAAUCCGUAGCCUCGUUGAGACAAAUGGCUUUCCCCUAUUAUUAUUUAACAGUGGCAACUCUAUGCUUAACUCUAUUUUAUUUAAAAAACAUUUAGAAUGAUUUUAACUAAAUUAUAAAAAAGGAAAUAUUCCAAAAUAAUAUAAAU